AUGUUCCUCACUCGCAGCGAAUACGAUCGUGGAGUCAACACCUUCUCCCCGGAAGGACGUCUUUUCCAAGUUGAAUACGCCAUCGAGGCCGUCAAGGUUUUUCAAAACGCUGCUCACUUGAAAUUGCGAAAAUUUAUUUUAGUUGGGAUCGACGAGUAUCGGAAUCAAGACCAUCGAAGGAGUUCUUCUGGCGGCCGAGAAGCGAUCGACGUCGAAGCUGAUGGUGAAUGACGUGAUCGAGAAAAUCAGCAAGGUCCAGCACAUCGGUGAGCAAUAAAUGUCGCAUGGAUGACGAAUACCUCUCCAUCCUGCGAGAGAAACACAAAAGGAGGAUGGACAGUAAGAAAGACUCUAAAGCCAAACCGACAAUAGGACAAGUGGUGCUGUUCCAGGAUCCGGACCAACCGAGGAACUUCUGGAAAACGGGACAGAUCACGGAAGCCAAACCAUCAACGGACGGAGUGCUAAGAGAGGUUGUACUCCGAACGAAGUAUAACAAAUUCAUCAAGAGGCCAAUCAACCUCAUCACGCCACUGGAAAUGGACGUGGAAGAGGAGUCGGACGAGGAGAAAGAACCUCAACAGCUGCAACGAACGGAGUCGGGAAGAUACAACCUUCGGGAGCGGAAGGGCAAGAGCAACGCGGAAGACGAGGACUCAGACGGCAACGAGCCAACGGAGACCAGCGACGACGUCAAUCGGAGCAAUUCCAGGAUUAUCGUCACGUCAAUUCAGCUCCGAGACGCAGAGGACCAACCCCGACGCGGGGAGGGUCAUCCAUUUCUUCAAAUGAAUGUAUUCAAUUGCCCCAAUGUCAUCGAUUCCGCUCACAUUCCGUUUCCGUUAUGCCCUGACCACGCCAAUGAUAUAUUUCUAUCUGCAGGAAUGCCACGUCAUCAACACAGUCGAGACAUCCACGGGAAGCGAACGCGCGCUCUCCGGGGAAGAGGAGACGAGAGGAAGAUGAAGAGGAUGUGCGUGUGGACCAGGGAGGAAGAUCCCUAAUCAGAAGCGUGGUCACGAUUCCUGCGCGAUGCCCCCCAGCGGAACCAGAGGAAGUGAAGAAGGAGCCGGGAGCCAAGAAGUUGAAGAGCCAGGUGAUCGUCGGACCGAACUAACUACCAACCGAUCGAGGGACCGUACCGGUCCCACCGAGUCCUGGCGAAGAAAUCGCAACCCAAUCCGAAGAUCCGAACAGUCUGCGUGGCUGACGUUCACGGCACAGAUAAGUACGUUUGUGCUUCAAAAGAGAUGUAAACAGAAGCACUUUUCGCAGACAUCACUGCUCGUGUCACAUGCUCAAUCUCAUCAUUGCCGAAUUCGCCAAACUUGCCCAAGUCAAAAAGUACUACGAACCCGCCCAGGGACUGGCCACUCAUCUCGCAAAGAAUCAGGAGCACAAGCGAUGCGGGAUAAAAUAA